AAGGAACGUGCAUACAUAUUCGUCACCCUGUAUAGAUAACAUCGCAUCGUAAGCGACCUGGACGACGUGACUGGUAUAGUGACAAUCAUGGCUGAACAAAAUCCAUACAACCACUUAAUGAAGUCCAUUAAAAUAGGACUUAAAGACUAUAAAUAUUUUGAUAUUACGAAUAUUGGAAAAAAAUAUGACAGACUACCUUUCUCAAUCAGAGUGCUUUUGGAAAGUGCAGUUAGGAGUUGUGAUAGUUUCCAGGUAAAAAAAUCUGAUGUUGAAAAGAUCUCAGAUUGGGAACACAGUCAGACUAUUGAGGGAGGAGUGGAGGUAGCAUUUAAACCAGCUAGGGUAAUAUUACAGGAUUUUACUGGAGUACCAGCAGUUGUGGAUUUCGCAGCUAUGAGAGAUGCUGUAAAAAGACUAGGAUCUGAUCCGGACAAAAUAAAUCCUAUUUGUCCUUCAGAUCUUGUUAUUGAUCACUCAAUACAAGUUGACUUUAUCAGAAGCAAAGAUGCUUUGAAAAAAAAUGAAGAGAUGGAAUACGAAAGAAAUAAGGAACGAUUCAUGUUCUUAAAAUGGGGUGCCAAAGCAUUUCAAAAUAUGUUGAUUGUACCUCCAGGAAGUGGAAUAAUACAUCAAGUAAAUUUGGAAUACCUAGCCAGAGUUGUAUUUGACAUGAACGGCUUGUUGUACCCUGAUAGCGUAGUUGGAACAGAUUCCCACACAACUAUGAUUAAUGGUCUUGGUGUACUUGGUUGGGGUGUUGGAGGAAUUGAAGCCGAGGCUGUUAUGUUAGGUCAAGCAAUGUCGAUGUUAGUACCGAAAGUAGUAGGAUAUAGAUUAGAUGGAGUCUUGAGUCAAUAUGCAACUUCAACAGAUCUUGUUCUUACAAUUACUAAGCACCUUCGUCAAGUUGGAGUUGUUGGAAAAUUCGUAGAAUUCUUUGGUCCAGGAGUUUCUCAAUUGAGCAUUGCAGAUCGCGCAACAAUAUCGAACAUGUGUCCGGAAUAUGGUGCAACAGUUGGAUUCUUUCCUGUUGAUCAGCAGAGUUUAGCAUAUUUAAAGCAAACAGGACGGUCUGACGAACAUAUUAAUGUAAUAGAGAAGUAUCUUACUACUGUACGUAUGUUAAGAAACUAUGACGAUGAAAGUCAAGAUCCUGUCUUCUCAGAAGUAGUCUCUUUAGAUUUAGGAACUAUUGUAUCUAGCGUUAGUGGUCCAAAGAGGCCUCAUGAUCGUGUGUCCAUCAUAGAUAUGAAAGCGGACUUCAGGAAGUGCCUUACUAAUAAGAUAGGUUUCAAAGGAUAUGGUUUAAGCCCUGAGACAGUGGAUGCUGUCGGUAUGUUUGAACAUGAAGGAAAGGAUUACAAAUUAAGACAUGGUUCAGUGGUCAUAGCUGCAAUUACUAGUUGUACUAAUACUAGCAACCCUAGUGUUAUGCUUGGAGCAGGUCUUCUUGCGAAGAACGCUGUUGAAGCUGGUUUGAGUGUAGCACCUUAUAUUAAAACAUCAUUGUCUCCAGGAUCUGGAGUUGUUACUUAUUACCUAGAAGAAAGCGGAGUCAUUCCAUAUUUAACAAAAUUAGGAUUUGAUGUCGUUGGUUACGGUUGUAUGACUUGUAUUGGUAAUAGUGGUUCUCUUCCAGAUGUUAUUGUUGAGACCAUUGAAAAGAACAAUCUUAUAUGUUGUGGCGUGUUGUCUGGAAAUCGAAAUUUCGAAGGCAGAAUUCAUCCACACACGCGAGCAAAUUAUCUAGCGUCACCGCUUUUGGUAAUUGCGUACGCUAUUGCUGGAACUGUAGAUAUAGAUUUUGAAAAAGAACCACUUGGUCGUCGAUUAGAUGGCACUCCGGUAUACCUUCAAGAUAUUUGGCCUACUAGAUCAAAAAUUCAAGCCGUUGAGCAAAAAUAUGUAAUUCCGGCAAUGUUUACAGAAGUUUACAGCAAAAUUGAGAAAGGUAGCCCCAGUUGGAUAAAUUUGGCUGCUCCAAAUACUACAUUAUAUCCAUGGGAUGCAAAUUCCACUUAUAUAAAGAAUCCACCAUUCUUUGACGAUUUGCAAAGGGAAUUACCAAAAUUCAAACCAAUUACCAAAGCACGUAUUCUUCUGAAUCUUGGUGAUUCUGUUACGACAGAUCAUAUUAGUCCAGCUGGCAGUAUUGCGCGUAAUUCCCCGGCGGCACGAUACCUCGCAAGCCGCGGAUUGACACCAAAAGAAUUCAAUUCUUACGGUGCACGAAGAGGUAACGACGCUGUAAUGGUACGAGGCACGUUCGCUAACAUUCGUUUAGUAAAUAAAUUCCUCACAAAACCUGGACCACGUACAAUUUACAUUCCUACUAAGGAAGAGAUGGAUAUUUUUGACGCAGCUGAAAAAUACGCGAAGGAUCAAACACCCUUAAUAAUUCUUGUCGGCAAAGAAUACGGAUCUGGAUCAUCAAGAGAUUGGGCUGCGAAAGGGCCGUAUCUUCUUGGAGUUCGAGCGGUUAUAGCCGAGUCGUAUGAAAGAAUACACAGGUCAAAUUUGGUAGGUAUGGGCAUUAUACCCUUAGAAUAUCUACCUGGGCAAACUGCAGAGUCCCUAGGACUAACCGGUCAUGAAGCGUACGAUAUAGCAAUCCCUGAAAAUUGUCAACCUGGUCAAAAUAUUACUGUCACUACGGACGAUGGUAAAAAGUUCGAAGUGAUCCUACGAUUUGAUACUGAAGUUGAUUUAACAUAUUAUAAACAUGGUGGUAUCCUAAACUACAUGAUCAGGAAAAUGCUUUGAUUUAAUUAAGGAUCGGUGAGGUAUAAAUUAUCAUAAAAAGUUACUUAACGCAAUACUUAAUUUUAGGUUUGGAUUUGCAGUAUGUAAUAUCUGAAUAGGUCCACAUGCUUGUUUAUAGCAGAAAAAGUUAAUUAUAAAGAAUAUUGUUUUUCUCUUGUGAAAACGCAAUGUUAAAUUAGUUCGAACAAAUAUAUUUUUUUGCAUAUCACAAA